ACAUGCCCAAUCUCGUGCGCAAACGACAUUCCGCAAACGUGGAUAUGAUUUUUUUUUCGCCUCUAUUCAAAGAACCCGCAGCAUAAACUGCUUAUAGAGGGAAAGUUUCGCCUGUGAAUAAGAAGAAAAUCGCUCCAAAGCUGUGCCGGGAUCCAGAUCGACUCUUCUGUGUGGGCUGAAAGUCAAAAGUUUUCUGCUCGAUGGGAGCGUCGCACUUCCUCGCCUGACCAGCGCUGGACGAUCCACAGGUUACACACUUCUCCUCUCAGUAUAAGAGUGAUGUGCGCACUGAACAGUUGGAGAUAAAGUUGAGGUUUGCUGCGGCUGCGAGGUGGAGACAGUUCGGACCCUCGCAACAUAGAGCCUGGGCGCGUGGCGGAAGAGAAGGAUGACUUUAGGGACGGAUAUGUCUGACAGCUCUGCAUUGUCCGAAGAUGUGGACAUCGAUGUGGUCGGCGGUGACAUAUCCGUUGGAAAGGACGGACAGUAUCUUCACCAUGAGUUCAAUUUGGACAAUGACUCGGACGACAAUUACUCCCAGAGCGCGAGCGGCAGGGUUUCCUCUCCGGGGCUCAGCAGCUCAGACUGUCCGUCAGAACAGAUCGGGUCCAACGCAGAGUCUGGGUCUGUGAUGGGGGACAAACCCAGAAAAAGUGCACUUGUGAAGCCACCGUACUCUUACAUCGCCCUGAUCACCAUGGCGAUCCUGCAGAGCCCCAAGAAGCGGCUGACUCUGAGCGAGAUCUGCGAGUUCAUCAGUAACAGAUUCCCCUACUACCGAGAGAAGUUCCCCGCCUGGCAAAACUCAAUCCGCCACAAUCUCUCCCUCAAUGACUGCUUCGUCAAAAUCCCACGGGAACCUGGCAACCCGGGAAAAGGCAACUAUUGGACUCUCGACCCGGAUUCCGCAGACAUGUUUGACAACGGGAGCUUCCUGCGCAGAAGGAAGCGCUUCAAGAGGCACCAAAGUAACGAGAUCCUCAGGGACGCCAGCGGCUUUCCCGGGUUUGGAUACGGCCCGUACGGAUACAACUAUGGGCUUCAGCUGCAGAACUUCCACGCGGUCCACAGUCCGUAUCACCCGCACCACACGGGCGGAUCCUUCCCUUUCCCAAGCGCUCCGUGCACCUUGCCCUCCUCCGCGUCCAUAUUCCCAGCGCCGCACCCCCUGCCCUCUCUCUUAGGCACCGAUUUACGAAAGCAGUUUUACCCGCAGCUCAGCCCGUCACUGCCAUGUCUCAAGACGGACUCCAGCACCCCGAACCGGCCUUCAUUCUCGAUUGACAACAUCAUCGGCGCGGCCAACCCCACCGCCUCAUCUUACAGCGCACAGCCGGCCAGUCAGGCGCACAUCUUGGCCAUGCUGACCCGGCGGUUGGCCUCUGCGUCCAACCAUUUGAACCUAUCACAGGAAAGCUUAUUACAACCGGCAGCGCAGACUUUUUCCAGCAAAACCCCAAAUAUGAACACUUGUCCUUUCUAGAACAAUAAACUGUCGAGAAUGCUGAAUAUCUUUUAAGGUGGAUGGACAUUCUUGGUGAGUGCGUGGCUCUUCUCACUCGUGUCCCCAUGCACGGAGGAGAGAAAUUGAAAGGCUUAUUUAUGAAUUGUAAAUAUGUGUAUAAUUGAAAAUGUGAUCUUU